ACUGGCCGCGAGGGUGGCACCGGGCGAGAUGGGGAGAGCUGGCGGGGCCGAGACGUGGGGUUUGCUCAGGCAUCCCUUUGGCAGGAGGGCUCCGUAGGGUCUCCCUGGGGGCCAUGGGGUGUGCCGUGGGGCAUGCCGCUGCAGAGGUUCCUGAACUGGAAGGCCCUGGCAAGGCCAAAGGGGUCCCAUAACAAGGGUAACAAGGCAGCUGGGCUGUACUGGCCGGGACUUUCGGCCUCCGUGGGAAGAAGCGGUGCGGAUCCGACGCCUGGCUUUCCUUCCCAGCGCUGGGACAGUAUUGUGGGAGUGUAGGUCCCCAGGCUUCGGGAUCUGCCGUUCGGGGAGGAAAUUGCGGGGGGUGGGGAGUGUCUAGGAAUCGGAUCGGGGAACAGAAAGGGGAUCUCUGAGAAGGACUUUGUGGGCUCCCGGGAUGCUGAGUCCAGCUGCCCCUCCAAGAAGAAAAGCCAAGGCCGGGCUGAGGCCGGAGGCCCACCGAUGCCCCUCUCUCCUGGCGGCUUUCUGGGUGGGCGGAGGUGCCCUGGGGCUGGUCGCCUGCCUGCUCACCGUCCUCUGCCUCCACCUCCACCUGGAAGCCCUGCGAGGGGAGCUCUCUCAGCUGAGAGAAGAGCUGCGGACGUCCCAGGGGCACCAAGACGAAGGACCCCUCCAGUUCCAGGGAGCUGGAGACCUUCUGACAUCCUGGGCUCUGCAGGAGAGGCCUCGGACACCUCUGCAAAGGAGGAAGAGGGACUUGGCGAAGACCUCCCGGGAGUCCACCCGCCCGCGCAGAAAACAAUCUGUCCUGCACUUGGUUCCUGUUCGCCAAUCCAGUAGCAGUGACGGGGACAUGACCAACAUCUGGUGGAAGACCUUCCUCCAACAGGGCCGGGCCCUGGAACUGAGUGGCCAAGAUGUGAUCGUGAAGCACACGGGGCUUUAUCUCAUUUACAGCCAGGUGCUGUUUCACGACCACACCUUUACGAUGGGGCAGGAGCUGCGGCGGCUGCGGCCGGAGGGGGAGGAUCAGACCUUGUUCCGCUGCAUCCAGAGCAUGCCGGGCUUCACGUGCGGGCAAUACCAGCUCGAAAGCCGGAUCUCGCGAGAUUUCAGUAGGGGCUUGACUUGGGCGUCGCGCUCUCGCGAUACCCGCGAGGAAGCCAGAGGCGGGGACAUUGAAAUAGGAAAGCCACUAGAAGAAUCGUUCCGAUUUCCGUCUUCAGAUCACGCGAGAUGUGUCUCACAAGAGGAGCGAAUUUCCGGCAAGCGGCCAUUGGCCCUGAUGCUCCGGAGCGCCGCUCUAGGCGGCCACAACUCUAUACUGAAAAACCUCUAUCCUUUGCAUUGGAGCGGGAAGCCCCGGUCAAUUGCAAACCGGAAGAAAGGGCAAGAUCGGAUAUUCUGUUCCUUCUUGGUGGUGGCCCCCCUGCCCACACUUGUGUUGGGAUGCCUGAAACACCUGAUGCUGCUGUCCACUCACGCUCGAUCCGGAGGUCUGGCUGGAACCCAGGCGGAAGCUUGCAUAAACACUGUCCUAGCGGCGCCCCUUAGGAGUCGGGUUCGAGGGGACCCUAAGAGGGUUGCGUGA